AUGGAAGUCUCAAGGGAAAUGCUAUUUGAAGAACUGGACAACUACUCCUAUGCCUUAGAAUAUUACGCCCAGGAGCCUGACGCAGAGGAGAAUGUGUACCUGGGAAUCGUUCACUGGAUCUCCCUGCUCUUAUGUGCCCUAGCAUUUGUUCUGGGAAUUCCAGGGAAUGCCAUCGUCAUUUGGUUCAUGGGAUUCAAGUGGAAGAAAACGGUCACCACUCUUUGGUUUCUCAAUCUGGCCAUUGCAGACUUCGUCUUUGUUCUCUUCCUGCCUCUGUAUAUUUCCUAUGUGGCUCUGAGUUUCCACUGGCCCUUUGGCCGAUGGCUCUGCAAGCUUAAUUCCUUCAUUGCCCAACUGAACAUGUUUUCCAGUGUAUUCUUCUUGACAGUGAUUAGCCUGGACCGCUACAUCCACUUGAUCCACCCUGGCUUGUCUCAUCCGCACCGGACCCUGAAGAAGUCACUGCUUGUUGUUCUAUUUGUCUGGCUGUUGGCUUCUCUGCUUGGAGGUCCUACCCUGUACUUCCGGGACACCAUGGAGGUCAACAACCGCAUUAUUUGUUAUAACAACUUCCAGGAGCAUGAGCUCACCCUGAUGAGACACCACGUUCUGACCUGGGUGAAGUUCCUUUUUGGCUACCUCUUGCCUUUGCUGACAAUGAGCUCCUGCUACCUGUGCCUCAUCUUCAAGAUGAAGAAGCGAAACAUUCUGAUAUCCAGUAAGCAUCUCUGGAUGAUCCUGUCUGUGGUCAUCGCCUUCAUGGUUUGCUGGACUCCUUUUCACCUGUUCAGCAUUUGGGAACUCAGCAUUCAUCACAACAGCUCUUUCCAGAACGUGCUGCAGGGUGGAAUCCCUCUCUCUACUGGCUUGGCCUUCCUCAACAGCUGCUUGAACCCCAUCCUUUACGUUCUAAUAAGCAAGAAGUUUCAAGCUCGCUUCAGGGCCUCUGUUGCCGAGGUACUAAAGCGGUCACUGUGGGAGGCCAGUUGCUCUGGUACAGUGAGUGAACAACUCAGAAGCGCUGAAACCAAGAGCCUGUCUCUCCUAGAAACUGCCCAAUGAGUAUUGUGCGCCCAGAAAACCAGUGCAAAGUUUCUGUG